UAGUUAGUAUUCACGUUUAAGAUCAAGAAUUCCCAUUCGAUAUGAAAAGCUUGAGCUUGGAGACAGUUGUUCUUCUGCUACUCUUUGCUCCUCAUUUCUUACAGGGUGAUUACAAUGGCUGCAAGCCUAGUGGCAAAGUGAAGGGAAAGAAGCCGCCACCCGGACACUGUAAUGAAGACGACAACAUCUGCUGCAUCGAGGGGAGGUUCUACACUACUUACAGAUGCUCGCCAGCAGUGUCCGAAAGCACCAAGGCAGUUCUGAACCUUAAUGGCUUUGAAAAAGGCGGGGAUGGAUAUUCUCCGGCGAGGUGUGAUCAUAAGUACCAUUCAGACAGCACGCCUGUUGUGGCGCUCUCGACCGGAUGGUACAACAGGGGAAGAAGAUGUUUGAAGAACAUCACUAUAAGUGGUAACGGGAAAAGUGUCGAUGCCAUGGUGGUCGAUGAAUGUGUCUCCUCUAUAGGCUGCAAUGCAGACAGCGACUAUCUCCCGCCCUGUGGUAACAAUAUUGUUGGCGCCUCCGAGGCUGUCUGGAAAGCGUUGGGUGUGCCGGUCGAAGAUUGGGGUGAAAUCGACGUUGUCUGGUCGGAUGCCUAAUGG